AUGUCUGACCACGACGAGACCUUCCCCGACACGGGGUACGACACCCCGGUUCCCGAGCUCGACGACCACCGACACCGUUCAUCUGCCCAGAGAGUUGAGCGCCCACGCCGAGGAACCUUUGAUAGCUUGUACGGCGCUCGCCAUCUCGACCCUGAGAUGGCGGUCCGCGUCCGCGACUUUGAGGAAGCCAUCGUCGACGAAGACGGCGACAAUGCCCAGCCCAUGCCACGCCACGCCCGCCGUCCAACAAUCGAGUCGUCGACAGAUGGUAGAUCCAUCUCGCCCCCCAACUCGGUCAAGGCCUUUGCCGAAGCUCGGCGCAGAGAGCGCGAGAUGUCCUUUUCCGAGGCCAAAGACGACGGCGAGGAGCCCCUCGGCCGAACAAUGUCCAUUACAAGCCAUCGGAGCAGGAGGUCGUAUAACCAGGACGCGGACGCCAGAAGCUUCCUGACCAACAAGACCGUUGAAGAGGACGUCUGCUACCCUCUCCAGGAGAAGCACCCCAAGCAGCACAGCGGCCGAAUCGAUUUUGAGUAUCUCGAAGAUCUCAUCAGGGAUCAGCAGGAAGAGCGGGAAGAGCGAGCUGCCAGAGCAGAGCUGCCCACCGAGAGCUUCAAGGACCUGCGACGGACCUCUACCCUGACAAAGCCCGCGCAGCUCGUCACGGUCGAUGGCGACAUUCUCGAGGCGCCCUCUGACGACUCGGUGGCCAACGAGAAGACCUCUUAUGAGGGUCCUGCUCCUCCCAAGGCUCAGCCUGUUGACAACACUCGCUUCAGCUUUUUUUCUACUGCAUGGGAAUCCACGAUUCAUGCCCCCGAGAUGGGCGAUCUUGUGCUUCCGGGAGAGGAUCUCCGGGGACUCUUUGAACUGCCCGAAGACGAAGACGGCGGUGUCUGGUGGCUCAAUGUCAACAACCCCACAAAGGCAGAGGUGUACGGCAUGGGCAAGGCGUUUGGCCUCCAUCCCCUGACCAUUGAAGAUAUCGUGACCCAGGAGGCUCGCGAAAAGAUUGAGCUCUUCCCGUCGUACUACUUUGCUUGCUUCCGGUCGUUUAACGUAGUGGACGAGCCUGAUGGGAAAGAGUACGAGCCUUUCAACAUCUAUGUCAUUGUGUUCCGAGAGGGCACGCUCAGCUUCAGCUUUACGCCCAAUUCUCAUGCCACCGAUGUGCGCAAGAGAAUCACGUCUCUCAAGGACUAUGUCUCUCUUAGCAGCGACUGGAUCUGCUAUGCCUUGAUUGACAACAUUGUCGAUAGCUUUGCGCCCGUCAUCAAUCAAAUUGAGCUUGAGGCCGAUGCCAUUGAAGACGAAGUCUUUGUCAUGCGGUUUGACGACUCAAACACCUUCUUGCGGUCCAUUGGACGGGUGCGGAAGAACUGCAUGGCGCUCCUGCGGCUGCUGGGCGGCAAGGCAGACGUCCUCAGGGGCUUCACCAAGCGCUGCAACGAAAACUUCCAGGUGACACCGCACAUGGACAUUGGCAUGUACCUCGGCGACAUCCAGGAUCACGUCGUGACCAUGGCGACAAACCUGGGCCACUUUGAGAAGAUUCUGUCUCGCGCCCACAGCAAUUACCUGGCCACGCUGUCCAUCAACAACAUCUCGCAGGGCACGGACAUGAACCGCGUGCUGAGUAAAAUCACCAUGCUGGGAUCGAUUCUUGUGCCGCUCAAUCUGGUUUGUGGUCUGUUUGGCAUGAACGUGCGUUUGCCGUUUGAGGACGUUGCCAAUCUGGGGCCCUUUUUUGGAAUUGUCGGCUUCAUGAUUGUCAUGUGUGCCAUGAUGGUGUCUGUGGCGAGGUGGAAGCGGUGGAUAUAA